AUGUCUGCUUCUACAUUCAAGAACAAGGUCAGCAUCACUCACAUCGGGACUGCUACGGCAAUUCUCGAUAUCGAUGGCAUCACCUUCCUGACGGACCCGUUCUUCUCUCCCGCCGGCAGCGAAUGGCCGACUGUUGGCGAUGGGGUACUCAAGGUACAUGACGACCCGGCCAUCAAGAUGGAGGAGCUUCCCCAUAUCGAUGCCGUUCUUCUAAGCCAUGAGAACCAUCCUGACAAUCUGGACGAGCUCGGCCGCCAGCUUCUCGAUGGCCGACACGUCGUCACCACAGAUGAUGGUGCAAAGAACCUCGCUCCUCGACCCAGCGUGCUUGGCUUCAAGGAUUGGGAGAAGAGAGAGGUCCGCAUCUCUGGAAAGGCUUUCCAUAUCACCGCCACUCCUUGCAAGCAUUGGCCCGGCCACGAAUGCGUUGGCUUUAUUGUGCAUACCGAAGAUUUCGGUGUUGCCCCUGAUGGUCGCCCGAACGCCGUCUUUUUCUCCGGCGACACCGUCUAUAUCGAGGAGCUUGCCAAAAUAGCUGAUCAGUACCAUGUCGCUGUUGCCCUUAUGAAUCUUGGCAAAGCUACAUUCGAUGGGUUCAAUAACGAGGGACAACCCGGAGAACCGGGUGAUGCCCUCCAGAUCACUAUGGAUGGUCGCCAAGCGGCUCGUCUUUUCCGAGAUAUUGAGGCAGAUGUGCUUGUACCUAUGCACUAUGAGUCCUGGGAUCAUUUUACCCAACAUGAGGAGGAGCUCAAGAAAGAGUUUGAGGAGGAAGGUAUUUUGUCCAAUCUCUACGUAUUGGCUUGUUUCCUCACAAUUAUGAAUACUUGGGGCAUGAUCAUAUCAUUCGGCGUUUUCCAAACUUACUAUGUCUCGAAUUUGCACCGCUCACGCUCCGAUAUCUCAUGGGUCGGCUCCUUAGCCGUGUUCUUCCUCUUUUUCACAGGAAUCAUCAGCGGCCGUCUUACAGAUGCCGGCUACUUUCGCAUCACCACGAUUAUCGGCGCAUUUCUCGUCGUUUUUGGGACAUUUAUGACUUCUCUAAGUCAAACAUACUGGCAAAUUCUUCUUGCCCAAGGGUUAUGUACCGGCCUCGGUAAUGGACUUCUUCUUACCCCAAUGAUGACCCUUAUUACCACAUACUUUAAGAGAAGGCUACCGCUUGUCAUGGGAAUUGCAGCUUGUGGGAGCACGACAGGAGGUCUAAUCUACCCAAGUAUGGCGAGAACGCUACUACCAACAAUCGGUUUUGGAUGGACUAUGAGGGCGAUGGGCUUUAUACAGCUGGGCACGUUUGCCAUUGCAUUAGUGUCCGGUGUGCCGAGGCAGUCGCCUAGAAAGCCGGGCCCCACUAUAGAUUGGCCGGUGUUUGGGGAGGCAGCAUUCAUCCUAUAUCUUCUUGGGGCAUUCCUGGCUUUCCUAGGCGUCUUUUUCCCAUUCUUCUUCCUCAGCUCCUACGCACGAGAGAAACAAGGGCUAUCAUAUAUCGACUCUCUGAACCUCACGCUUGUUCUGAACGGUAUCGGCUUUCCAGCCCGUCUAAUCCCAAGCUUCAUUGCCAGAUAUACUGGCACGAUGAAUCUUUUCAUAGCAUUCUUAUUUUCAUCUGCUCUAUGUAUGUACACUUGGAUCCCAGUUCAUUCGACUCCAGGGCUUUACGUCUGGACUGUAUUCUACAGUCUCUCUGUAGGUGGAGUUCAGUCACUUUUCCUAGCCGUGGUAGCUAUCAUCAACUCCGACAUGUCAAAGAUUGGAGCGCGGCUCGGAAUAAUAUCUGCUGGUGUUGGAAUUGGAGCUUUACUUGGAUCGCCGAUUUCGGGUGCAAUCAUCUCCGCAAGUGGAGGUUCCUAUGUCGGUGCGCAAAUUUUCUCAGGAAGCACCUUGGUUGUUGGAGGCUUGUUCGUACUUGCCUCGCGCGAGAUGAAAAGACGUCAAGAAGGACAAGGCUUGUGGAUGAAACUGUGA